AUGUCAUUAUUCAAGUCAACGCAACGAAUAAAAAUAUUUUGCUCAUUCAAAAGUUAUAAAUCGAGCAUGAAGUCGUCAGUCUUUUUUAAGAUCAAUGAAAUGAAUUUUAUUAAUGAAAAGGCACAAUUUUAAAACGAAGUGCUAAUGGAAUGUAGCAAUGUAUUUAUACGACAUAAAAGAAUUGGUAGAAUGUCUUGCCGUUGUCACUACGAUUAUUCAGUUCCUAUCGGGCACGUUAGUUUGCAAGCAAUAUGUUUCUAAUCGUACGACUGGUGAAGCUUCACCCUUGCCUUUUACCUGUGGAUUUUUUUCCUGUAGCAUAUGGCUCCUUUAUGGAUUGACGAAGGAAGAUGGGAAUAUGAUUUUAGUCAAUGUGGUUGGUGUAGUCUUCAUGGUUGCAUAUACAAUAGUAUUUUAUUUAUAUACAUUUAAGAAAAGUGUGGUAUUGAGACAGGCAUAUAUAACAGUUGGUUGCUGUAUGUUUAUGAUUUGGUAUGUUAAUAUUGAAGAGGAUAAUGAAGUUCUUCUAAAUCGUCUUGGACUCUUAGCAUGCAGCCUCACAUUACUGACUGUUGCUUCGCCAAUGAGCAAACUGCUUUAUGUUAUAAGAACUAGAAGCACUGAAUGUCUACCGUUUCCUAUCAUUCUUAUGUCAUUUAUUGUUAUGUCAUUAUGGUUCUUUUAUGGUUUAAUUGAAGAGGAUAUGUAUCUUACUAUACCCAACUUUAUUGGCGCGUCACUGGCGCUUGCGCAGCUGUCUCUGUUCGUAAUAUAUCCAAGUAAACCCACAUCCCCACUUUUAGUUAAGUCGUUAUUAGCGUAAGGAUUAUGACAUAUUUUUUUUACAUCAGGUAUUAAAGAAACAAAUUGGUAACGAUAAUUAAAUAAUACAAUUGGAUGUAAUUCAAAAUUUGAAAUAAACGUUCAAAUAUUUUUGUAGAAUUAAUAUAAUUUAUUUAGAACAAUACUGACAUUCACGACAAGUAUUGUAUAGGUUUGUUAAUAAAUUAUAUUUUAUUGAUCUCCCGUGAGUGAGAACGCACAAUAGUUUUAUGUAAUAUUUAUUCAGGUGGUUUGAUUUUCCUUAUAUUCCCGCCCUCGAAACUGACUGUGUAUAAUUCGGAAAUCACUAUUGUUUAUGCGCAGGAGCAAUUAACGUUAUAAAGGCGAGCAAAGUUUUGAUGAGUUAGAGAGAUUAUAAAGUUAUUAGUUUUAUUUAAUUUGAAUGUUAUAUGCUAUCAAUCAACACAUGGUGUCAAUUAUCUAAAGCUACUUUCACUAAAUAAUUUAAAACUCAAACACAAAAUAACUUCGCUCAUAUAGGUAACUAAGUACACUCUUAUGAACGUCAACAUAAUGUUUAAUUAAUUCUAAAUUUCCAUUUACUACCAGUUCGCAAGUCAAGAUCGUAGAGCGGGCAAGAAAAUCUCCGCCACUAUUUUUAACCGCUAAGUUUCGUGUCAUACAAAUUGUUUUAACUGGAGCAAAUCAAUCACAAGGAUUAGAAUAAUUUAAAUAAUCGUCAAAUUUAUAAAAAGCUUUAUUGAUUAAUUUACGUUUAACGAGUGUUAUGAAUUUAUUCAGUGAUAAUUCUCUGAUUUCGCUUGGGAGUGUUGUAAAAACGAAUACAAUUUCCAUAUAAGGAGUGGUUUAUCUUCUGGAGCCUGGUUGGUUGUACGCUUAGAUAAGUUAUAUUUCAAGUAUUAUACUGGUGAAAGUCACCAUUUGUUUUAAAAUUGUUUAUAUUUUUUUGUACAUAAAACUAGGCCUCAAGAAUAUAUUGACCAGAUAGUGUCAUGUUUAAUUCCUUAAACUUAUUCCGUACCGACACCCUUGGGGAAACACAAUAAAUACCCCGAACAACCGGCUUAAAAAUUUAAAGCUCCGAUUUUCUUUUUCCUUCGCAGUACAGUUAUCCGAGGCCCACUGAACGGCAGUUCUGGAAGCCUAAAUUUAUAAUUGAUAUCGUUACAAAGUUAGUUUAUAAUUAUAAACUAACUUUGUAACUACUUACAGUUUCAUGUAAAAUUAUUCAAAUCUCUCACUCUACCAGUACAUUAGUGCCUAGAAACACACCUAUGUAAUGUAAAGUAUAUAAUGUACUAGUAAUUAAUUAUGUGUAUGAUUUUAUAUAUAAAAAAAAUUGACUUUGUGUGAUAAAGUGUGUCGCACUAUUUAAAUGAAACAAGUGUGUAUAAGCUUAUUACCAUGAGUGUCAGUAUUAUAUAUCAUAGUUACCGUGCCUUUUAUGUUUGUAUUACAUUUUUUUAAUAUUAAAAUGUCCUUAAAAUUCCUGGGACUUGGAGUCGACUUAGGUAAAUAUGACUCCCGUAACACUUUUGAUAAACGGUAGUUAUACUUGGCGAUACUUUAGACCUUAUUAUAAAAAUAGGGUAUUUGAGCUUUAUGGCGUAACCGCCGAAAACGCUGCAUACAACGCUAAAAAUAUUAAUUUGGUGCAGACGUUUUUUCCAGCGUUUUAACCUAUACUAUAAACUCAUGGUUUGGCUGGAUGUUGAGAGAAAAUAUGUUUAUUGUAUUUUAUUGAUUAAACCAUAUUUCCCCAGUUUAACAAUUAUUUACAGGUUGAGAUAACCCGUGAUGGCAUAGAACAUACGUCGGGACAGUUUUAUUAUAUAAAAUUGUAAAUCCA